CUAGGAGGGGAACCCUGGGCUAGACAGGCAGGCAAGCUGGGGGCAGCAUGUUUCUUAGUUAUGAUGAUGGAUGAUGAGUCAAAGCACUUUCCUGUGUGUGUGUGGGUUGCAAAAUUAGUGUCAGUGCGCCACAAACAUGAUGUCAAGUUGGGUUACUGGAUAAUGUAAAGAUGAGCCAUUAUUAUGCUUUGCCAUUGGCAGAAUUUCUUGAGCAUACAUGGUGACACUCAGCAGCUGCAAAAGCAUAUUGGUGGUGGUGGUGGUGAGAAGAAAGAAAGGGAAAGAAGUGGAGAAAGUAGUAUGAAACAAGUUACCAGUAAAGAGGAGGAGGGGAAAGCGAUGGAUUCCAAGCCAUGUUGUUCAUUCUCCUUGCUUCCCUGCAAGCGCGGGCAUCACGAAAUUGAUUCACUCCCCUUUUUUCAGCUCAGGUGGGAUUGACAGCAAAAGAUAUAUUCCUUGAGCUCAUCCAUUCAUUCUGAUCUUUACCAAGCUCAGCUCAGCUCAGCUGGGCAGCAAGGGCUUGCUUGCUCUUUGAUGCUUGCUGGAUCUCUUCUUCUUCUUCUUCUUCUUCUUCUUCUUCGAUUGGUUGCCGCUGGAUCUCCGACGGAGCCAUCCAUGCUGAAACGGGGCCAUGGGGUUAGCUAAGCUUAGCAACAACAAGAGGAGGAGGCUCUAGUUAUUGCUCUACUCUACUCUACUCUAAUGGCGGCAUCCGCGCCGGCUCCUUCCUCGUCUCCGCCCCCAGCAGCAGCAGCAGGAACGCCCUCCUCCUCCUCCUCCUCCUCUUCUUCUUCUUCUUCCCCUGCGCCGGCCAAAUCAAAUGCUCCCCUCUCCUCCCCACCACCCGCUCGCGCUCGCGCUCCCCCACCUCCAAUUCCGAUUCCUCCGCCGCCGCCGCUCGCCUCCUCCCCGCCGCCCCUUCCAAAGCCUUCAACACCGCCGCCGACAACAAAUUCACCACCGCCGCCUCAUGCUACUGCGCCACCACCAACCAAUUUCCCUGCUGCCCCAGCACCAACAGUUGAGACCCCUCCCCCUGCCGCCUCACCUUCUCGAGCUCCUCCGGCGACCCAUACCUCACCGCACCUCCCACCACCGCCGCCUGCCACCGCCACCGACCCGGCCGCCGCCAAACCACACCCCGCCGCCAGGGGCAACAACAAGUCUUCUUCUUCUUCCUCCUCCUCCUCCUCAUCCACCCCGCCUUCAGCAGCUGGUGCAGAGACGCCCAGCGGGAGGCUCGCUGACGGCGUCGUCAUAGCCAUCGGCCUGCUGCUCGCCUUCAUCGUCAUCACCUUGCUAGGAACCGCUGCAAUCUGGUACACAAACAACAAGAAGAGGAAACGUAGGAGAAGAACAGAUGAUUAUUACCAUGCUGGAUUCGUGUCCCCUUUCUCUUCUUCCCACCAACAACCAUCAGGCGAAUCGUCGGCGGCAUCGCUUGAUCCUCCUUCCGCCCAUACCGAAUACAGUGCUGGCACGCCCAGGCUGAAAGCGUGCGUGUCCGACAUCAGCUGUGGCAACUCCCGCUGUUUCACGUACCAGGAGAUGUAUCAGAUCACCCAUGGUUUCUCGCCCCAGAACUUGCUUGGGGAAGGAGGCUUUGGGUCCGUGUACAAGGGCCGACUGCCCGACGGGAAACAGGUGGCUAUCAAGCAGCUCAAAGACGCUAGCACGCAAGGGGAGCGUGAGUUCCAGGCCGAAGUGGAGAUCAUUAGUCGUGUGCAUCAUCGGCAUUUGGUUUCUCUCGUAGGGUAUUGCAUUUCAAACGACCAGAGGCUGCUUGUCUAUGAUUUCGUGUCUAAUGACACCCUACAUUAUCAUCUUCACGGACAUGGAAGGCCUGUCUUAGAUUGGUCGGCCAGGUUUAAGAUUGCUGCUGGUGCUGCUCGUGGAAUAGCCUACCUACAUGAAGACUGCCAUCCAAGGAUAAUCCACCGAGACAUCAAAUCGUCAAACAUUUUGUUGGAUGACAACUUUGACGCUCUGGUGGCUGAUUUUGGUCUUGCGAGAUUGGCUUUGGAUGCUGUAACACAUGUAACUACCCGUGUUAUGGGCACAUUUGGAUACAUGGCUCCAGAGUAUGCAUCAAGUGGCAAAUUGACUGAGAAAUCUGACGUAUUCUCUUUUGGUGUUGUUCUCUUGGAGCUUAUGACUGGUCGAAAGCCUGUUGAUUCAUCAAGACCGUUGGGUGAUGAGAGCCUUGUUGAGUGGGCUAGACCUUUGCUUGGUCGAGCUCUUGCGACAGGAAAUUUGAAAGAGUUGGUCGACCCUAGACUUGAGAAGAACUUCAAUGAGGUCGAAAUGUUCCGUAUGAUUGAAGCUGCAGCAGCCUGCAGUCGACACUCGUCAUCAAGGAGGCCCAGAAUGAGCCAGGUGGUGCGAGUUCUCGAUAGCUUAGCGGAUAUUGAUCUAACAAACGGUAUUCAGCCUGGGCAAAGCGAGCUCUUUAACGUGGCGAACACUGCCGAUGUUAGGAUGUUCCAGCAGAUGGUGCUGGGCAACCAGGACGACAGCUCUGGGUUUAGCCAAUAUAGUUGGAGCGGUCACAGUAGAGGAGCUGGUGCCGAGGCCGCCUCCUCAAGUUCCAGGAUCUUGUGAUCAUCGUCAGCAGCGGCUUUGCGUGCUCGUAGUCAUUGCUUCACUAAUUCGGCCAGAUUGUAUUGACCAUUGAACGCCUUGGAUAGUUAUCACGUUCUUAUGAUUGCUCUCUUGUGUAGAUCACACUGAGAAGAUGUACUUUACUCUUUUUUGUUCGACCAGUAGCUAGCUGUUGGAGUGGUUGUUAACUUGUUAGGAUCUCUGCUCCUAGCUGAAGAAGACACAAUGUUUGAAUUUGUAGACUCCUUUCUUUUUGUAUUGUUUGCUUCACAAUGAUGAUGAGGUCACAACCAAAAGGGAGAAAAGAAAGAUAAUAUUCUCACU